AUGUUCCUCAAAACGGGGCUUGUAUUGGCCCUAUUAGCUCUAACCAGAUCAGAAAAAUUAACAUUGGCUGAUAUAGACGAUUCUAUGACAAUUGAAGAAGAAAUAUUAGUGAGAUCUCAUGAUGAAAUCUACAGACUACCGACAACCGUGAAACCCAUAUCAUAUGAUAUUUUUAUAGAUUUUUAUUUUGCUGAGAAGACUGACAAUCCUUUUUCAUAUAACGGAAGAGAAAAUAUAAUUAUACAAGCUCAACAAAAUGACGUGUUUCAAAUAGUUCUACAUGCUAAUGUAGAUAAAAUAAAUAAUGUCACUGUCGAGAGAGAAGAUGGAGCCAACUUAGAUCUUGGUUCACCAUCCUAUCUCCUGGAACCUCAGUACCAUUUUCUGAAGAUAAAUCUACAGCAAGCUCUAGCUAUGAAUACUAAUUAUACCUUAAAAAUAGAUUAUUCAAGUACUAUGAAUGAGGGACCAAUUAAGAGAGGUAUUUGGAGAGGAUGGUAUAAAGAUGAUAAUGGAGUAGAGAGAAUAUACACAACAACACAUUUCCAACCAUAUAACGCGAGGCAAGCUUUUCCUUGCUGGGACGAACCUUUCUUUAAAUCAGUCUUUACAGUCCAUUUAUCUGCUCCAGCCAGUUAUAUCAAGAUGUUUUCUAAUACUGAAGUUGCUUCUAUUGAAAACGAUGCAAAUUCCGGUCGCCUCACAACGAAUUUCUACCCUACGCCCAGAAUGUCUAGUUACUUGGUAACGUUUCUUGUAAGUGAAACAUUUCAAGUGAUCGCUGAAGAUACGUCCUUUAAACCACCGAUUAGGAUUAUCGGGAGAUCAAAUAUGGUCGGUCUUGCUGACCAUGCUCUGGAGCUGACGGUCAAAAUUACCCAGUUCUUCGAUGAAUAUUUCGAAAUACCUUACUCUACAUUGCACUCUCAUCUAAAUAAUGACCAUGUUGCAUCACCUGAUUGGGCUUCCUCGGCCACAGAAAACUGGGGCAUGGUCAGUUACAGGGAACUCUACAUGAUUAUUGAUCCAAAAGAAACACUAGUUUCCACCGAACGAUACGUAUCAACUCUUGUGUCACACGAACUCGCUCACAAAUGGAUGGGUAACCUCAUUACAUGCUUCUGGUGGAGUAAUACCUGGAUCAAUGAAGGAUUCGCUAGCUACUUCGGUUACGUAGCUUCUCAUGCGAUGUUCCCCAAUUAUGAAUUGAACGAACAUUUCAAUUCGAGAUACCUACAACCCAGUUUAUCGUUUGACUCCGGUACAUCAACCGUGCCAUUGAACCAUGAUGUCAACACUCCAGCUCAAGUGACCGGGCAUUUUGGUACUAUCAGUUACUCGAAAGGAGCGGCCUUCUUGCGAAUGAUUUCAGAUAUGAUAUCUCCAGAAACAUUCAGAAAAGCCUGUAAAUUUUUCUUAAAUGAUAACGCAUACGAACCGACAGACCAACAUGAUUUGUAUGAAGCUUUCUCGAAGGCUAUACAGGAAGACCGUACACUAAGUCAAUACCAAAACUUUAAUUUUACGGAAUUUUAUCGAAUUUGGGUCAAUGAAGCUGGGUACCCUAUUCUAAAUGUCACCGUCAACCACUCUACAGGAGAAAUACAUUUAAGCCAGGAAAGAUUCUUCAUUAGUGCAACAGCCACGUCCACUGGUCAAAUAUACCCCAUCCCCAUAACGUAUUCAACAAAGUCCAAACCAAAUUUUGACGAACUUAAACCUUCAUAUAUGAUGUCUGAUGACAGGGCUGUUUUAAACAAAGAUGUUGGAGACGAAUGGGUUAUAUUCAACAAUCAACAACGUGGUCUGUACAGAGUAAACUAUGAUGAGAAGACCUGGAAUUUAAUAGCUGACGCUUUAUUAAAAACUCCGGAUGACAUCCAUCAUUUGAACAGAGCUCAAGUUGUAGACGACAUAUUUGCGCUAAUGAGGUCAGAAAAAAUGACGUAUUACUACGGUUUCAAGAUUCUACGGUUUUUGGAGAAAGAAACCAAUCAUCACGUCUGGAGUGCAGCUAUCAGUGGUUAUAACUGGCUAAGAAAUCGUUUUAGGCACCUUCCUGAAACACAGGCUACAUUUGAUGCACAUGUAUUGGGCCAUAUGGAACAUGUUAUAAAUUAUUUGGGCUACGAAAAAAAGGCAAAUGAAUCGCCUACCACGAGUGCAACGAGACAGGAUGUACUUCACUUCGCAUGUUUGUUGGGUCAUGAAGGUUGCGUCAAAGAAUCUUUAAACAGAUUUGUAUCACUUAAGAAUGGAAAUUGGGUUGAUCCUGUAAUAAGAAGGAACGUAUACGGGGUAGGAAUAAGAGAAGGAGGGGCCGAAGAUUUUAACUUCCUUCUAAAUCGGUUCCAAACGUCCAAGUACGCCAACGACCAAUUGGAAAUGCUCAGAGGUUUGGGCGCAACACGCGACCCACAGUUGUUGACCAGAUACCUCGAGUUAACUUUGACGAAGGAAAUUCGAUUACAUGAUAAAGUACAUUCCUAUAACUAUGCGCUACUUGGCAACAAAAAUAACUCAAAGACCGUUCUCGACUUCGUUAAAAACAAUAUAGAUACCUUGAGAAAAGUAUACGUCGAAGAUUCCCCGCCGAAUCCUGUCCAUACAGCGCUUUCAAACCUGGCGUCAUAUCUAGAGGAAGAUGGCCUACAAGAGUAUGAAGCCUGGCUCCGCAGUACACAGACCAACAGUCUUCAAUUUAAUAGUGCAAUUUCUGCAAUUAACUCAGCUCGGAACACUAUGGCCUGGGGAACAGCCAACGCAGAUAUGAUCUUAGAAGCUACUAGAAGCAGUGCUUCAGUUCUACUGAUAUCUACCACACUGGUUUUGGCAAUGCUUUUUAUAACGAUUCGCAUUUAA